AAAAGUAAAAGAGGAAGUGGAGAGAACCGUACUAUGAAGGCAGGGUCUCAGCUAUGAGGCCUACACAUAAAUACACACUGUCUAUUACUCCAAGUUUCAAAGACCUAAAACACAGAAGAGAAGGGAUUGCUAUAUCCACUAUGUAUUUUGCAUGUCAAGUGAGCCUUUUCUGAGGGUUUAUGAGGUGUGGAGAGCACUAUUCAAGGAUGCAAAAUAAGGAAGGUGGCAGAGACAAGAGCAGCAACAAAGGCAUCAGAGCAGAGGCAGAAGAAGCAGAAGCAACAGAGGUGCAGUCAUUAUAAGAGCAGAGUAAGGAGAGAUAGGGGGAGAGAGAGAGAGGAAGCAGUAGUAUCAUCAGUAUCAUCAGAGCCAUUAGUUUUAUCCAUGCACAGAAGAUUCUGCAACCAAUGGACCCUGAAAAAAUACCCCUCAAAACUCUCAGCCCAACAACAGCAACAACCCCUCUUUCUCUGUGUCUCUGAGAUCUUUUAAGCUGUUCUUCCUUCUUGUUCUUCAUCUUGGGUCUUUUUUGUUUGGGGGGUUGUUUUUCCUAUUGGGUUUUCUUUUUUCUUAAAUGAUGAUGAGUGCAAGAAACAGGUCUCCUUUCACAGCAUCACAGUGGCAAGAGCUUGAACAUCAAGCUCUUAUCUUCAAAUAUAUAGUGUCAGGAGUACCAAUCCCAGCUGAUCUCAUCUGCACUGUCAAAAGAAGCUUGGACUCUUCAUUGUCUUCAAGGCUAUUUCCUCACCAACCCAUUGGGUGGGGUUGUUUUCAGAUGGGGUUUGGCAGGAAAGCAGACCCAGAGCCAGGAAGGUGCAGAAGAACUGAUGGCAAGAAAUGGAGGUGCUCCAAAGAAGCAUACCCAGAUUCAAAAUACUGUGAGAGACACAUGCACAGAGGCAAAAACCGUUCAAGAAAGCCUGUGGAAGUUAUUUCAGCUACAAACCCUUCACCAACCAUCUCAUCAAUCAACUCAAAUCCUUCCUCCACCACCACCAAUUCUUACUCUCUCUCUCCUCUCUCUCCUCUCUCUUCUUCAAUGACUUCUGAAACCUCCCAUCCCCAUCACCAUUCCUACCACAACACCUCUCUUUAUCCCUUCCUCUACCCUCAUCCCUCCUCUUCUAGACCUCCUGGUUCUUGCCUAUCACCUCAGGCCACCAGCAGUUACAGCACCCAUCAUCUGUUUUUGGACUCUGGGUCUUAUUCCCAGGCUGAUAGGGAUUACAGGCAUCAUCAUGGAAUGAGGGAGGGUGUGGAUGAGAGAGCUUUCUUCCCAGAAGCUUCAGGGACUGUAAGGGGCCUACAUGAUUCAUAUACUCCAUUAACAAUGAGUUCCUCCAAGGGAUACUCUCACUUUCAGUAUCAAAGCCCCGCUGAUAAUCCCAAACAGCAGCAAGAACAGCAAGAGCAGCAGCACUGCUUUGUCUUGGGCACUGAUUUCAAAUCGUCAAGGCCAAUUAAAGUAGAGAGAGAUGGUGAAGCCCAGAAGCCUCUCCACCAUUUCUUUGGAGAGUGGCCUCUAAAGAACAGAGACUCCUGGCUUGACCUUGAGGAGGAUCCACCAACCCAUGCAUCAUUCUCCACCACCCAGCUCUCAAUUUCAAUCCCAAUGUCCUCACACAAGCUUCUUGCAUCGGAUUCCAGAAUCCAAACUGAUGGAUGAGUUCUCAAUACUGGUUCUUCUGAUCAUGGCCAAAAAAGUACUUGACUGGUGGGUCAAUGCUUUUCUUGUUGAUUUUGUGACUGAAGGAAGUUUCUUUUGCCAAAUGUGCGGAUGAAUAAUGUAGGGCCUAUAGGAGGAUUCUUGUCUUUGUGCUUUCUGAGUUGCUAAUUUUCAUUCUUAUCCUUAAAGAAACAUGUUUGAAUUUGUAGACUUGUUUGUUUGACAGGAAGCAUCUUGAUAUGGUUUUUGAGUUUGA